UUGCAGUAGAGAGUGUCUUCCUUUACUCCUCCCCAAACAAAAUUUAUCGAAAACCAAACGGCGGAGGAACUGGUUUUCCGGUUAAAGCUACUCAAAAAGAAAAAAACACUUAUCUGCAAAUUUUUUUUUUGUGAAGGUUUUCAUGGAGACGAGAAAGAUAAUUCCAGUGUUCUGUUACUGGAACGGGUGUAUUAAAGAUGGCCCUGAUGGUCCACUCUACGAAGGAGGAUCAAGUCCAAGAGUGAUCAGAGUUGAGAGGAAAACCAGUUUACCUAAAUUGUUAGAUGAUCUGCAUCGAGUCACUGGAUUUGACAAGGGUAAGUUCAAGAUAGAUGUGAUUGGUAGAUACCCUUCCAUUGUUCAACAACCUCUGGUUAAGUAUAUCCGUCUGCCCGUUGUGGAUGAUUCUAGUCUCGAGACCAUGCUCGAGGUCCCAACUUACCACCUUUCCAUCAACAAUCUGGAGUUUUAUUUAGAGGUCACACCUGUUGUUAAUGCUCCUUCCUUAGCAAAUCAGGUGACGCGCGCGAAAGCGUCCUCGGCAAGAUGAUAAUGAUGCAAACUCUUCCCGCUAGCGUUUGCGCUUGUUGUUUCUUAAGAAAAGUCGUCUGCCGAUUCUUGGCGUUGGUUCUUCGCGUGCAUCAGAAAGAAAGCAACGCAGAGGGAAGGUCUUUGUCUAAUAACGACUAUGGAUCCUGACAUUGUUACGGUUGUCAACGAGCCUGAGUGUCGGUGGGCGCAACACCGCUUCUGUCUCAGGCAUCUUUGCUUCGAGUUUUACGAAGCUUUCCGUAACAAUCUCAUGACGGAGUUUGUCUACAAGGCUGGAUCCACUGUGUGCGUUUCGAGUUUCGAUUACUACUUGAAGAAAAUCGAGGAGAUGGAUCCAGAGGCGCGGAAGUGGGUAGACAAAAUACCUCCACAUAAGUGGGCUCUGGCUCAUGAUGAAGGCGGAUUGAGAUUUGGUAUCAUGGAGACAAACUUGAUCUUUGCCACUUACGGUUUCAUAAACCAUAUCCCUGAUCUCCCCAUCACAACUUGCGUCUUGCUAAUCUUCGAUCACCUGGCAGAGCUUUUCAUAUCCCAACGUGAGCUUCUAAACAGUGGAGACAAGAAGUAUGCUAAACAUGUCAUGACAAAGCUUGGAGAGUACAAUAAGGGAACUUAUGAUGUGCUGCCACUAGACAAUACCGGAGAGAGGUUUCAAGUUGUUGUCGCGGAUGGAGAUAAUAACAAGAGAUUUGUUGUUCAUCGCGUUGAUAGGGUUUGCACUUGUGGGAUGUGGCAACUUUACAAGUAUCCGUGUUCUCACUUGUUAGCGGUUUGUAGGAGGCUGAGCGUUGACUUUUUGCAGUAUGUCAACGACUACUACAAUACAGAACGUUCUCUUCAAGUUUACGCUGCUGAGUUCAAUCAUGUUCCGGGGUUUUCUGAAUGGCCGGAGGCUUCUGACGCUCCGAGGCUCCUUCCUCCCAGAUGAUGAGGUUGCACUUCAACCAACAUGAACUAAACAGAGAUGGUGGUGGUAUGUUUUAUUGGUGUAAUGUUGUUUUUUUUGGUAUUAAAAACCGGUUUGGUUUAUGUGGCUAAUGUAAUGCUUGGACAAAGUAGUUUUUAUUGUGUGAAAAUGUAUUUCUGGAAGUGUAAGUUGGUGGAUUUUGAAUUUACAAAUGGCAAUAACCGGUUUAAUGUAAGUUAUUAGGAGGAUUGAUGUAUGAAACCAGUUAUUUUAUUGUGGC